GUGAAACAUCAAAAAAGAAAAAGAAUUCCAUGCCUCCAAUACAGAGAUAGACUCAAAUUUGAGCAAUUAUUUAUUAGCUUCUCAAAGAUAAUUUAAAUAAAAUCGAAUUAAAGGAAAAACGCCACCCUUUGACUCGUAUAGAUCCAAUUUCACUCAUUGAGAAAUUUUGGAACGGAUCGCCGCCAUAAAAUUUAACCGGAGAUCAGGGAUCUGUCCGGCAGCUCCGGCUGGAUAUUCACGAUUUCGAUUAUAGCUAUUAUUUGCAAGAACUCUUUCUUGUUUGGAAAAAAUUGAAAAAGGGGGCUGUUGAAUUUCUCAGCUACCAGUCAGUUGAGUUGGAUGAUAAAUAAUGUCCAAUCAAGAGGAAGAAGUGGAGUACGCGAAUGGUGAUUAUGAAAUGGGGGAAGUCGACGAGGAUAUGUAUUUUGCUGGUCGGAUGAUGGGAGACUCAGAGUCCGAUGAAGAAGAUGAGGAUGAAUAUGAAAAUUUGGACAACAAGAUAACCGAUACUUCUGCUGCCGAGGCAAGGAGAGGGAAAGAUAUUCAAGGAAUUCCAUGGGAGAGACUAAGCAUUUCCCGGGAAAAGUAUAGGCAGACUAGACUAGAGCAGUAUAAGAAUUAUGAGAAUAUACCACAAUCUGGCGAGGCUUCAGUGAAGGAAUGCAAGCCAACAAGCAAAGGUGGAGCAUACUAUGAGUUCCGGCAGAACACGAGAUCCGUGAAAUCAACCAUCCUUCAUUUUCAAUUGAGGAACUUGGUUUGGUCUACGUCAAAGCAUGAUGUUUACCUCAUGUCACAAUAUGUAAUCAUGCAUUGGUCUUCAUUGACAUCCAAGAAGACUGAAGUUCUUAAUGUUUCUGGGCAUGUGGCUCCACGUGAGAAACAUCCUGGAAGUUUACUAGAAGGAUUUACUCAGACUCAAGUUAGUACUCUAGCAGUGCGUGACAAUUUGUUGAUUGCUGGGGGAUUCCAGGGGGAGCUUAUAUGCAAGGAUAUAAACCGGCCAGGGGUGAGCUUUUGUACUAGGACAACUUAUGAGGAUAAUGCAAUUACCAAUGCGAUUGAUAUCUAUAACAGUCCAAGUGGUGCUGUUCAUUUCACUGCUUCAAAUAAUGACUGCGGAGUUCGAGACUUUGACAUGGAGAGAUUUCAGCUUGUUAAGCAUUUCUCUUAUCCUUGGCCUGUAAAUCACACGUCUUUGAGUCCAGAUGGUAAACUCAUAAUUAUUGUUGGAGACAAUCUUGAUGGGAUGCUUGUGGAUUCUCAAACUGGGAAGACGGUCAUGCCUCUACAUGGACACUUGGAUUUUUCUUUUGCUUCUGCAUGGCAUCCGGAUGGUAACCUAUUUGCCACCGGGAACCAAGAUAAGACUUGCCGUGUAUGGGAUGCUCGAAACUUGUCAAAGUCUGUCACUGUACUCAAAGGAAAUCUUGGAGCCAUUAGAUCAAUCCGUUUUACAUCUGACGGACAAUUCAUGGCAAUGGCUGAACCAGCAGAUUUUGUCCACGUCUAUGAUGUGAAGAAUGGUUACGAGAAAGAACAGGAGAUUGACUUUUUUGGCGAGAUCUCUGGAGUCUCUUUCAGUCCUGAUACAGAAUCCCUCUUCAUUGGCGUGUGGGAUCGCACCUAUGGUAGCCUUCUUCAGUACAACCGUUGCAGAGAUUAUUCGUAUUUGGAUUGUCUGAUAUAAUCAUUUGGUACGUUCUUGCCCAUUCUUGGAUAUGAAACUUCUGCGUUGGUACUACUGUUGCGUCGUCAAAUAAUGCUGACUAGUCUAGCAGAAAUGUGAAUUUAAGCAGCUCUGGUGCCUUUUGGUAGGGAAAAAAAUAUCGCCGUUGACUUGCCAUUUUCUUGUUGGCAUUAUGUGUAUAUUGAAAUUUCCAAUUGUAUCAUUAACUUUUCUGGAGUUAAAUGAGAACAGACUGCCUGGAAUUACUGUUUUUAAUUCAUAUUCAACACCUUGUUGCCGAA